AUGUACGGCAAAGGCAAGAGUAACAGCAGCGCCGUCCCGUCCGACAGCCAGGCCCGGGAGAAGUUAGCACUCUACGUAUAUGAAUAUCUGCUCCAUGUAGGAGCUCAGAAAUCAGCCCAAACAUUUUUAUCAGAGAUAAGAUGGGAAAAAAACAUCACAUUGGGGGAACCACCAGGAUUCUUACAUUCUUGGUGGUGUGUAUUUUGGGAUCUCUACUGUGCAGCUCCAGAGAGACGUGAAACAUGUGAACACUCAAGUGAAGCAAAAGCCUUCCAUGAUUAUAGUGCUGCAGCAGCUCCCAGUCCAGUGCUAGGAAACAUUCCCCCAGGAGAUGGCAUGCCAGUAGGUCCUGUACCACCAGGGUUCUUUCAGCCUUUUAUGUCACCUCGGUACCCUGGAGGUCCAAGGCCCCCAUUGAGGAUACCUAAUCAGGCACUUGGAGGUGUCCCAGGAAGUCAGCCAUUACUCCCCAGUGGAAUGGAUCCAACUCGACAACAAGGACAUCCAAAUAUGGGUGGGCCAAUGCAGAGAAUGACUCCUCCAAGAGGAAUGGUGCCCCUAGGACCACAGUCUGACCCUUGGUUAUCAUUACAGAACUAUGGAGGUGCAAUGAGACCCCCACUGAAUGCUUUAGGUGGCCCUGGAAUGCCUGGAAUGAACAUGGGUCCAGGUGGUGGUAGACCUUGGCCAAACCCAACAAAUGCCAAUUCAAUACCAUACUCCUCAGCAUCUCCUGGGAAUUAUGUAGGUCCUCCAGGAGGUGGAGGGCCACCAGGAACACCCAUCAUGCCUAGUCCAGCAGAUUCAACGAACUCUGGCGAUAACAUGUAUACUUUAAUGAAUGCAGUACCUCCUGGACCUAACAGACCUAAUUUUCCAAUGGGCCCUGGGUCAGAUGGUCCCAUGGGUGGAUUAGGAGGAAUGGAGUCACAUCACAUGAAUGGCUCUUUAGGCUCGGGAGAUAUGGACAGUAUUUCCAAGAAUUCUCCCAAUAACAUGAGCCUGAGUAAUCAACCGGGCACUCCAAGGGAUGAUGGCGAAAUGGGGGGAAAUUUCUUAAAUCCUUUUCAGAGUGAGAGUUACUCCCCUAGCAUGACAAUGAGCGUGUGAUCCAUUACCAAGUCUCCUCAUGAAAACCGCAGUGAGUCAGCCCUUCACAGAACUACUACAGAAGAAAAUUAUUCAUCACAGUGUACAGUUAAACAAAGGAAUCUCAGUCACACCAAACCAACCUUUUUAUUUCCUGCUCUCUCCCCUAUUUUGUGAAGAAAGCGGGUCCAAACGUGAUUCAAACAACUGUACGGAGUGGCAUAUUAGAAUUGCCCUAAACUGAACUGCAAAUAAUUAUGUGUGUAUGUAUAUGUGUGGGAAAGAGAAUGUACUGUAUAUGUGUAUGUUAUACGGACAUAGACACAUACAUACAUUGACCCACAGGACAUUGUAAAAUAUUAUCACAUGACAUCUUAAGUAGAAAUAAGUAGGGACUUUUAUUCCAUCCUUUUUUUCACGUUUACAUUUUAAUUAUUACAAGUUGCUCCUGCCCCCUCCCUGAACUAUUUUGUGCUGUGUAUAUCACUGCUUUAUAUAAGUUAUUUUUUAAGGUGAACUCAGAUGUUAUGGUUUUGUAAAUGUCUGCAAUCAUGGAUAGGAAUAAAAUCGCUUAUUUGAGAGCUUUCAUUAAAUUGCGUCUGAUGCAAGUUAUCCUGUGAAUCACAAAGUGUACUGUCUCAAAAAAUAGAAGAAAAUGUGUCUUCGUCUUUAUGUUGAAUCAAACAAUUUCUCUGUUACCUUCAGUGGAAAAUAUUUUUUUACAUUUUAUUUCAGAAAAACACUUCAAAUCAGAAAGGUUUAACUGGGGCCCCACACAGUAUAUUUCUGCAAUAACAGCUUUAAAUGGAGUUCUUGAUUUGUUUGUCUUAGAUGAUACAGAAAUCAUUAAAUAGCCCAAAUUACUUAGACCAUAGCAAUAAAGUGACAGAGGUUCUCGUAUUUUUACGACAUCUUUUCUCUUUAACAUGAUGAUGCCCAAAAGUGAUAACAAAACCAUUUGCUUGAAUUUGUCACUUCUCACCAGGAAUACUAGAGGUAAAUUUUUAAUAACAUACUAAUGUUAAAUGGUAUCUGGUUUUUAUUCACAUUUCUCGUGAGCAUAUUCAUGUAGACAUUGCAAGCAAAUACACUGAAUGAGACUUUGAGCACGAGGAGGAGAGAGUUAUUAGCACUCCUGAGGCCUCUGGAGUGCUGCUUUUCUAUCCAGGGAUCUUGCUUGCUACCAGCAGAAUUGACUGGUAUUGGUUCUCACUGGCCAGGGAGCCCUGCUCUGUUCCCAGGAUAUAAGGCUUUUAUUCUGUAGCCAUUGACUUCAGCAGGCUAAAACUACAUUGUGUAACUGACUGUUCAAAAAAGAAUGAGUAAAUGUUUAAAAAAAAAAAAAUCCACUUCCCUUAUUAAAGCACCCUGCUUUAUGGCACUUUCCAGAUCUUUGGGGUUUUGUACUUAAUUAUACCUACAUAGACCAGAAUCACAAUAGAAAGGUAUGAAGACUUUAAUUUCGGACUAUGAAAGAUAACUGGGUUAUCCUUUAUGUUAAAAUUGUGAUACAAAUAACCAUUGGUAAAUACCAACUAUGAAUCCAAACUCCAGAGACUUUGAAAAGCAUUAAUCUCAGGUAAGAGAAAUCUUCUCUUUCCUUUAGGCUUAUGGUCUCUAAAGUGAAAAUUUAGCAGUAUGCAGUCAUGCAGCUCAUAAUGACAUUUUAAUGAACCACAGACUGCAUAUACAACAGUGGUUCUAUAAGAUUAUAAUACCAUAUUUUUACUGUAGCUUUUCUAUGCUUAGAUACACAAAUACCAUUGUAUUACAGUUGCCUUCAGCAUUCCGUACAGUAACAUGCUGGACAGGUUUGUAGCUUGUGAGCAAUAGUUUAUAUUAUAUGGCCUAGGCGUGUAGGAGGCCAUACCAUCUAGGUUUGUGGAAGUACACUCUGCAAUGUUCGUACAAGGGCAAUAUUGCCUGACAAUGCAUUUCUCAGAAUGUAUACUUGUUAUUAAGUAACACGUGACUGUGUUUGCUAGUUCCUGAUGACUUAUUUCUCUCAAAUUCAUAAUGAUUUAGUCCAUGUCAAAAUAAAGAUUUUGCCUGUGCUUAACAGAGAUACUAGGCAGAACUGUUGAGGGGGAAAAAAGCUGAAUUAAAUUGAUGUUGCAGAUUUAAACUAUGAUAAAAUGAGUCUCAGUUAAUCACACACAGCAUUCAGGUGCCUAGGAGUACACACUGGAGAGCAGCCUCAUGCUGUCAAGCUGCAGAAACCUUUCGUGCAAAUUCAGAUGAAAGGUCUUUACCUCAAUCCAAGGCAACCUGCAUGAAAAUGACACUUUGUAUAGACACCUGACUUUACCAAGAAUAAUUUUGACUUUCUUUUUUUAUGACAAUCAUAUAAAAAUUGACAGUCCUGUGAUUAUUAAGCUUGAUCUUACAAUGCUAGAGUUUUCAAACUUUUUGUUGACUCUUCUCCAUUGUUACUAAUGUUGAAAUUAUUUUCUUUGCCUUCUGAGAAGGUAUUAUUUCUUAUCACAAAGAAUGAUGAACCCUCUGUUACCCAUAAAUUAACAGGCAAAAAAAAAAAAGAAUGAUGAACCUGAUUUUACUUGCCCUUAUUUUGGGGAUAAUACUAGAAUAUGAAUUACGUCAUGAUCCCCAUUAUUUCUAACCUAUUUUUAG